AUGAAUACAUACAGCUCUGUUAAGUAUGACAGUGUAAUACAUUUAGAUCCUUCGACUCAUAGAUUCAGGGAAGAAGAAUGUAAGAGCCAAACAUAGCAGUUAUGCAUCAAAGACAUUAACAAACUCCUAAGUAUCACUCUCCUGAAUCACAUUUGGAUAAUUUUGUCAAUUUAAAAGUAGUAGAACCAGCAAAGACAUAAAAGAAGAAAAAACUAACUUAGGGAUUGUAAGGCAAACCAAAACCAUAGACUCAAUAGAUUAAAAAACCUGCGCAGUAAUCAGUGUCUGUGAAGAAAUAAACUAAAAGGGCUGUUUCUCCAAAGAAAAAGAAAGCUCAUACAGUUGAUUCAAAGAAGCAAACUAAAGUGAUUAAGCCAUCAUAAUAAUAAAGAAGAGAAGAAUUAGGUUUAGGCAAACUUAAUGAAAAGUAAAUCAAACAACGAAUAAGUAUUAUUCAAAUUUAAUUAGAUAAAAUCAAAUCAAAAACAAAAAUAGUAGAACCUUUGUUGAAGAAGAAAAUCUAUCAACCAAAUCAUGAGAUUUAACAUUACAUGACACAAAAGAAAGCAAUUGACAAUACAACAAGCAUGCAAAAAUAAUUGAUAUCUCUAUUGGAAAAAUAAAGAAAGUAAGGCAAUCCAAUUAACAAGAUUGGAGAAUCUGGCCAAGUUGAAUGAGUCGGUUAAAGAGAUUUUCAAAAAGUGUAAAACCUUGGAGAACUCACAACCAUAAACUCCAAAAGUGACAAUGAAGAAAAAGAAAUUUGAUCCAUUAGAGAAUGAAUAAAGAAAAUAACAACCUAUGGAAAUGAAAAAAUAUAAAGAAGAUAGAAUAAAAGGAGAAUCUAAAAAAUAUCAAAAUGAAGAUUAAAAGAAAUUGAAAAAAUAAUAUGAGAAUCUUAAUUAAAGAUAUCAAUAAUUAAAAAACCCUGAUUUUAAUUAAGAUGAAAAUCAAUAAUAUAUUUAAGAAAUUGAAGAUGAAGAAUAGGAUGAAUAGUACUCUUAAAUUAGCGAAAAUUAAUUAACAAAUUUGAUAGUUGAGACUUUAUCUAAAAUACCACCAACUAAAUUCUUGCGUGAUAAAAUUUAAGAGAUACUUAAAUAGUAAAAUGAUUUAGACCCUAAUGAACUCACUACUUAAGAUUAUUUAGUUUUGUAAUACCAUUUUAUGAAUGAGGCUGCAACUAAAUUAUAAAGUGUUUGGAGAGGUUUUUCUAUCAGAAUGUAAUUACUUCAUGAAUUGUAAGAAAUGUUAGAAUAAUAAAAUGAGGAUGGGGAUGAAACAGAAGAUUAAAAUGAAGAAUCUGAUUUAAAAGACAAUUUGAGAUAUGAAUCACCAUCAUUAUUAAUAAAAUAAGAAUAAACCAAAGGUUUAUAAAAAAAUGAAUUGAAAGUAUAAAAAUAAUAAUAGUAAGAUGGAAUGAUUCAAUAAUUAAAUUAACAUAACCAUCAUUAAUAAUAAAUAUAUUCUUAAUAGUAAUAUUAAAAUGAAUAAAAAUAAUAUAAAUAAUAAUAAUAAUAAAAACAAUAAUAACAAUAAUAACAAUAAUAAUAACAAUAAUAAUAAUAAUAACAAUAAUAGUAAUAAUAAUAAUAAUAAUAAUAAUAAUAAUUACAAAAAGAUAUAUUAUUUUAAAAUAAAAAUAGAUAUGAAAAAAAUCUAUCUGAUUAAACUGAUGAUUUAGUAAUUAUUUAACAACCAAAUAGCCCUGCUAAUUAAGAGAUGUAUUUCUAUAAUCCUUUUGGAUAAAAUGUUCAAUAAUCCUUAGAAAAACAAAUUCAUUACUCUAAUAUCAAGAGUUCUGUUGUAAGUGAAGAAGAUCAAAAAAGUGCAUUGUCUCAUUCUGUAAUUUAGUAAAUUUAAUAAGAAUUAGAAUUAUGGAAUAGUUAGAUUGAAAAUAUAAUAAAAUAAGGUCCAGAAAAAUAAGCAUUUGCAAAUGUAAAAUAAUAAAUGUCACAAACAAUAUUAAAUAUUGUAUCAUAGCAUAUGAAAAAGUAGAAAGAAACAAAGACACAUGAAAGAAGGGAUUCUGAAUAAUCAGUUGAUAUGAGAGUUAGAAGUUAAUUAGAAGCUAAUAAUGAAAAAACUUUUAAUGAUGCUCGCAAAAGAUUGUAAAAGACCCAUGAAAAUAGUGAAGAUCGAUUACAGUUAUCUUAAAAAGAGAAUGAUGUCAAUCGAUCUUCAUUAAUGUCAUUACAAUCAUAAUUAAUGAAAAAAGAAACUGAAUUGUUAAAUAUGAGAGAAGAGGCUAUUAAUUUGAGGUAUAAAGCAGAACUGAAAAAAAUAUAAGAUGAUCCAAUAAAAAAAUAAGAAUUAGAGAUUUGGCUUGAAAAAGAAAAGGAGGAUUUAAGAAAUACAAAACAAGCAAUAGAAAAUAGUAGAAAAAGGGAAGCAAAAGCAAUUUAAAAAAUAUAAAGGGAUUUAUAAAUUGUGUAAACUUUUGAUGAAAACAAUCCAAAAUUAUAAAGUUUAAAAAAAUAAGUAGAUGAAUAACUUUGCUAAAGUAGUAAUAUAAAAUCCCAAAAAUAAAUAGGAUCAGAUAUCAAGAUUAUUAAUCACUUUGAUGUAGAAUAGCAUGAUGAUUUGGAUGAAAUGCCAGAAACAUUUUCAGAAGAUCUUUAAAAUGAUAAUUAAGAUUAAAGGAGUUUGAUGAGACAAAAUAUUAUAGAAUCUGACAAAUAAAUAGAAACCUAUUAGACAUUAAGUGCAAUAACAAAUGAUAUUUUAGAUGAAAUAGUUCAUAAUUUGACAGAAGGUAUUAAUAUUUAUUUUAAUCCUAGAAUUAUUACUUAAUAAAGAUCAUUUUGAAUUUAUAAUCUCAAACUUAAUUAGUCAAUCUAUAAUUCCUUAAUUACCUACAUCAAUCAAAGAUAUCAAGGCAUAUAUUAAAGAUUUAUUUAAAUAUGUAUUAGAAAAUCAUAAAGAAGAAUUGAUUAGAAAUCUAAACAUUCCAUAUGGAUUUACUCCUUUUAAAAGAAUGCAACUUAUACAUGGAUAUGACAAUGAUGGUGAAGAAAUAGAGGAUGAGUUUCAUUAGAAUGAAGAUGAUGCUUAAAUUGCAUUUCCUUUAAAUGAAAGACUAUUCUAAGAAUUUGAAUCUUAUAGAAUACAGCUUGAGAAUUAACCUAGUGAUAAUUUAUAAUAUGGAAUGAAAGAAUUAGAACAUAUACAUAAUAAAGCUGUCUUUGAUGCAUGUAAUGAAGCUUUGAAUUAUGAAAGACCCAACUUUUUAAGUAAUUCUAUCUUUUUAAUUUUAGACUCUGGUUUACCAUAUCCAUGGGAAAAUAAAUAAAAUAAAUUAAUCAUUACAAAUGAGGCUUUAGAUGAAAUUCUGAAAAAUAUGGAAGCCAAAGUUAUUAAUUGGUCUGGUACACUUGGAGGAUUUUUACCAAUAGAAGAUGAUUCAUAAGUACCAGAAGAAAAAUAAGAAAUUCUUGAUGAAAAGAACUAAUAGAUGAUGAUUCAAUAAUUACAUUAAUUAGAAAAUCCUUUAUUGUUUGAUUCAUAAUUGUCUCAAUAAAUGUUUGACAAUAUAGCAUAAAUUAGAGAUGAACGAUUAUAUAAAAUGCUAAUAUAAGAUGUUAAUAUAUUCUAAUUAAUUUUAGAUAAAAGAAAGUGAAUUCCGAUGGUACUUAUUUGAAGAUGAUAGAACAGAAUUUUUAAUGGAACUUGGUGAUAUAAUAUUUGAAUAGUUAGUGGAGGAAAUGGCAUCAGAAUAACUCUAAUUAUGA